AUGGCAUCCCUCGUCCGCCGUGUCCGGCAACCGGCGCCGGCCGGAUUCGAAAGGUCGGCCAUCGAAUCACAAAAUCGCAAAAUCGCACCCGAAGAGGAUGAAUCUUCCAUAUUAUCCGCGAGUCCGGAAGCGAUUCCAAUUCGGAAACAACGUCGCCGCCGGACCCUCGCAAGCCUACCUCCCGAGAUCCACCUACUCAUCGUGGAACAUCUCAUCUACCCUGAUGCGCUGUCGCUCAAACAUACCAACCGCUAUUUCUACAACGUGGUCGAUACGGGUGUGGAGCUGAAAGUGGAAUGGCUCAUGGAGCGGCGGCUACUGCAUUUGGAGUGCCCCAGUGAUUCGCGCUGUGAUCUGGGGAGCGACUUGAGGUUUUGCCGGGGCAGCGUCAAGUGCCAUCCAGACCAGGGCGCUCGGCCCUACCGCCUUCAACUUGACUACCAGAAGUAUUCAACCAACGCGAUCCGUCAACCAGCUACUUCGUCAACAGCAUUUUCAUCGCCAACACUGGUCCCUUUUGACAAUACCGGCUCUGCAUUAGCAACCAUGAACGCCAGAACGAACCUGGUGGGUCUUCCCACUGAGAUCCUUUGCAUGAUUGCCGAGUGGGUGGCAACGCGGUUCGACGACAGCACGCCUCUUGACCAGUAUAGCAAAGCGGGCGUCAAGUCCUUGUCCCUAGUAAACCGGAGAUUCCGAAAUAUUUGUCUGCUUUUUUUACGUCGGGUCCGGAUGUGGAUGGCUGAGGACGAUUUGCCCCAGCACAUUCAAAACAUCCGCAUCGAGGGGCAAGGGCCGCAAGGCCUCCUCCAUCAAUCCACAUGCAUCGGCUCAAGAAUUAUUCACACGUUUGGCCGCAAAAUAAACCCUUGGACACGAGAGAAACUCAUUGUGGAACUAUCUCUUCUGCUGCUCGAAAUGCCGAAACUUACAGACCUACGGUACCAGUCAUUUCCCACCGUCAAAUCGCUCUACGUGCGGACAGCCAGCCAGAUGAGCAGUAUUUUCCCGUGCUUCCCCAACCUCGAGGCCGUCAACUUCAAUAUCCAUGGAGGUACCGGACAAGGGCACCCUUCCAGGCUGUCCCGGGAGAUUACGGCAUUAAAGGGGGGGUUUCCGCGUCUCCGGGCCAUGUCCAUCUUCAAGUCGACGGUUAAAGGAUGGACUGCUGCGGAUAUCAAAGCUAUUGUCUUGCAAUUCCCCAAAAUCGAGCGGCUUUUUCUUGAAGGUUGCCUUGGCACAGAUGUCGCCAGUAUGGAUGUUAACUCACAAGAUAUCGCGCUACUUUUUGCACCCCUCCGAAACCUGCGUCAGCUUGCCUUGACAGACGAGCUUUUCUGCCCGGUCACCAGACACUACACGCGCUUGCCCAAGACCCACCCUGCCUGUCCCUCUAACCGCUGGCACCAGAUGGCCGUGCCUUUCCUCGCGACCAUGCCCAACCUACAGGAACUCUGCAUCGGAAGACAAGUCGAUUUCAAAGCCCUCGUCUUCCGCCGCCUACUUCCCCCCGAACCGGCCGCAGCACAGGAAGCAGGCCCAACGGCCGCCGAGCAGCAAGCCGGUCUGCGCGUCGUCCGCUCAUACAGCGACCCGCCCGACAAGACCAGGUUCGACUGUCCACCCGCGACGUGGGGCGGCGACAAGCGGAUCUGGUGGCCGUCGUUCGGGCCGGUGCCGGGCGUGGCCGACAUGGGUGUGCCGGACGGUGAGCCGGGUGAGAUCGAGUUUCUCGAUAUCGAGGAAGAAGAAGAUAGUAUGCAGCCGGUGACGUGGCUUGGGUACCAGGAGAUGUUGCUGGACCAUUGUGAAGUGUCGUUUUGGGAUGCCGAGUGGUUGAGGGUCAUUAGAUAG